AGCUAAGUAUUUACACCAUUUCCACAAUGCUCACCAUGUCGUCAACCUCAAACAUACCAGAACUGGACUCGCCAACUCACACACAUAGUUCGAAAAUACUCUACCUAAUGAAUCGACAUCGAAAAGAAAACACAAAACUUUGUGAUGUGAAUUUGCAGGUUAAUGAUAAAAAAUAUCCCGCCCAUCGUUCGGUAUUAGCUGCGUGCAGUCCAUAUUUUCUGGCAAUGUUUAAUGGAGAUUUAAAAGAAAGUGCAGAAAAAACUAUUGUUUUGAAAGAUGUCAAAGAAGAUAUUAUAGAACUCAUUAUCGACUUUGUUUACACAGGCAAUUUAAAUGUAAACAUUGAAAAUGUAGAAUCGAUACUAGAACAUGCCACCUUACUGCAGUUUAGUGAGGUGCGAAAACUUGCAUGUACUUUUUUAGAAGAACAGUUAGAUCCAGUGAAUUGUGUUGGAAUUCGAAAAUUUGUCAAUUUGCACAAUUGUACGUGGUUUUUAGAAGUUGUUGAUGCAUUUAUUAAGAGACACUUUAUGGAUGUAAUAAAUUCCGAAGAAUUUGUGUCCAUGCCUUUUGAUGUUCUAAGAGACAUAAUUUCAAGCAACAAAGUGAAUGUGAAAUGUGAAGAGCAAGUAUAUAAUUGUGUUAUAAAAUGGGUCAAACACGACCCAGCAAAACGCAAAGACUAUUUACAUGACUUACUGGCUGCAACUAGGUUACCAUUAUUACAAAAACAUUUUCUAACACAACAUGUAGAUAAAGAACCUUUAAUAAAAAACGACUUCAGGUCCAGAGACUUGCUUGAUGAGGCUAAAAACUAUUACUUGCAUCCAGAAAAUCAUGCAAAUUUGCGAUCACCUAGAACAGUAUCAAGACAUUCAACUGCUGGUUUGCUUUACGUGGUUGGAGGAAAAGAAGCAGGGGAAGCAAUAAUAAACAAAGCAGAAUGCUUCAGCAUGUUUGACAAUGAAUGGCGAGAAAUUGCAGCUUUAAAACGACGUCGACAACAACAUGGUGUGUGUGGUCUGGGUAAUAAGUUGUAUGCAAUAGCAGGUUCGGACGGAGUGAAUAGACUGAGUUCUGUUGAAGUUUACUCUCCUGAGAAAAAUAAAUGGCAGGAGACCACCACAUUGCAGACGUGUCGAUCAGGUGCAGGUACUGGUGUACUGGGCAGUGCUAUCUACGCAUUAGGUGGAUAUGAUGGAAGAUUUUGUUUGGGGACUGUUGAACGGUUUGAUCCUACGAAUGAACGCUGGGAAUAUGUAGCACCAAUCAACAUAACUCGAAGCUUUCCAGGCGUGGCUGCAUUAAAUAAUCGUCUUUUUGCCAUUGGUGGAAACGACGGCACGACGUUCUUAGAUUCUUGUGAGUGCUUCGAUCCUCUCACCAACAGAUGGAGUUACAUUACACCGAUGAGCUCUCCUCGUGCUGGUGUUGGCUGUGCUGUACUCGACGAAAUACUCUAUGUGGCUGGUGGAUUUGACGGUACAAAGCGAUUGGACGCAGUAGAUAUGUACGAUCCGCGCAUGAACGAGUGGCGAUCUGUGAGUCCCAUGAACACUUGUCGUGACGGACUUCGUAUGGUGACGUACGGCGGAUACAUCUACGCGAUUGGUGGAAUUGAUGGUCCAUCGUAUUUGAACACUGUUGAGUAUUAUGAUCCUACAGCUGACAAAUGGACAGAAUCCGUUCCCAUGGGAUCAGCACGUGCAGCAGCAGGUGUGGCUGUUUUGAUGUAUGAUGUACAAUAGUAAAAACUUUCUAAAGUUAUUAUUCACAAUCCUUCUGGCAGCGCUUGAGCAUACAUGUAUUUACUCUGCAUUAUAAUUUAUACAUUUUUAAUUUUGUAAAUAUUUAAAUGACGAAAAACAAUGAUGUUAUUGUUGGGAAAUUGCGUUUUAUACUUCUUAAUUAUUGCCGGUAUUAGGAGAUAUUUUUCGUAAACUACACAUUUAGAUUAUAUUUUAGAAGCGACAAUUUGAGAUUAUUUAUGAGAUGCGCUAGCUAUGAAAGUCGAAUUUGUACUCGAGAACAAAGUUAAGCGGGACCAAAAUACUGCUUCCUAGUACAGAAAUACGACCCUAUAAAUACGACCCUAUAAAAAUAUUACAACGGCUUGAAGCCAUCAUUUUUUACAUAUAUCGUUGCUUGACAAGUUGAUAUAAGAUAUCCUUGCAGUGUCAUCUUGACGAAACAACCAAUAAUAUUUUAAGCAAAAAAUUGAAAAAAAAAUUAGAAAUUAAUAAUAAUGUUCCCCAGCCUCGUCCCAGGAUUUGUUGCCUCUCAUCGGUGCUGCGCUUAUUGACAGGUCUGACAAAAACGCCUCGCCGUCCGAUAUGCUAAAGAGACAAAAGGUGCUGGGAUCGAGAUUAUUCUAACGGCAUCCUUUCAGAGCUUUGGGAAAGAGGUUGGGAAUUAAUAAUUGUCUGAAGUAAAUUUUAAUGAGGUAAAACAUUUAAAAACUAAAGUUGAGUCUCCUUGUUUUUUUACUUGAUGAAAAAAAGUUAAGAGGGCGUGGUAAUGAAGUUGAUAUACUAAGGGCUUCAUGAUUUUCCAAACGUUGUUAUUUAAGGGGCUACGAACAGGUUGAAAUGCUCACAAAUGCACCUAUUUUUUCUGAAACGUAUAAUACAAAGAAAUAUUUCAACUAGACUCAUUCUGGAUGAAAACAUGACCGAGGCUGGAGAAGAUAAAAAUUCUAGAUAUAUCUUUAUUUGAGUCUGUAAUUUACAUACAUGCUGGAAAAAUAGACAUUUGUUCUUCGCCGCCUCAAGCUUGACUUUCGUGUUAGUCAGUAAAGUCGAAAACCAACAGCCUUUCCGUUGCCCCCUUAAAACGCACGAGCGUAUUUUUUAAUGCGCGUUAGAGUUGUGGGUAAUUUACUAUUCCGUAGAAUUAAGGUUCGCACUGACCAUCUUGCAGGCCUGAGAGCAGCAAUCUUUUCGGGGCGGGGUGGAUUUAGAAGAAUGAGGAAUAAUUAGUUCCAUUCAUCUAAGAGAUGCAAAUAAUUUAAAAUUUUAUUUCUGUUGGGGUAGUUUUAUCCUUGAUUUUAUUAUUAAAAUUUCGGUUUCGGUUUGUUCGGUUGUGGACAGAACAGAUAAGUCUAAUUGACAGAACAUUUAUGUGUAUUUACAUUCAAUACGAUUUACACAGAACGUAGACAAAUUUGAAAGAUAUUCCUAAGAGAAUAAAUAAAUUAGUAAAAAAAUAACGUGAUAAUUUAGAAGCAUUUUCGGUGGACAAUGGAUGGACCAGAUUCAUCAUAUUCUUGUUUGGAGAUCCACAUCUGUUGGAAGGUGGAGAGAGAAGCCAAGAUGGAUCCUCCAAUCCAUACAGAGUAUUUUCGCUCUGGUGGAGCAAUGAUUUUGAUUUUCAUUGUUGGUGGUGCGAGAGCAGAGAUUUCUUUCUGCAUACGAUCAGCAAUACCAGGGAACAUAGUCGUACCACCAGACAAGACAGUGUUGGCGUACAAAUCUUUACGGAUGUCGACGUCACAUUUCAUGAUGGAGUUGUAAGUGGUCUCGUGAAUACCAGCAGAUUCCAUACCGAUGAAGGAUGGUUGGAAGAGAGUUUCUGGGCAUCUGAAUCGUUCGUUGCCAAUGGUGAUGACUUGUCCAUCAGGUAAUUCGUACGACUUUUCCAAGCUUGAGCUGCUGGCAGCGGUUUGCAUUUCUUGUUCAAAGUCCAAGGCGACGUAGGCGAGUUUUUCUUUGAUGUCACGAACGAUUUCACGUUCGGCAGUGGUGGUGAAUGAGUAACCACGUUCGGUUAAGAUUUUCAUCAUGUAGUCGGUCAAAUCACGUCCAGCCAAAUCCAAACGGAUGAUGGCAUGGGGAAGGGCGUAACCUUCAUAGAUUGGGACAGUGUGGGAGACACCAUCACCAGAAUCGAGGACAAUACCAGUGGUACGACCAGAAGCGUACAAGGAUAAGACAGCUUGGAUGGCAACAUACAUAGCUGGUGAGUUAAAGGUUUCAAACAUGAUCUAAACAAGAAAAAUUAUUUUACUCGUCAACCAUUGGCGUAGCCAACAUGAAAGGGCGUUCACUAUUGUGGGCGUUUUCACUAGAGGAGUUUUGGCAUUUUCUUACCUGUGUCAUUUUUUCUCUGUUGGCUUUUGGAUUCAAUGGCGCUUCAGUAAGAAGGACUGGAUGUUCUUCUGGUGCAACGCGAAGUUCGUUGUAGAAAGUGUGAUGCCAGAUCUGAAAAGAAGUUUGACAUUAUUUUUAUUUUAUAAUCUUUGUAAAGUAUUUCCAAAACACUCCUACUUUUUUUUAUAUCCUAUUUUUCUGGUUAAACUUUUUCUUGACAAAACUGUGAAAAGUAGGCGUUGUCAAAUGUCUCAAAAAACUUUCUUGCAACAGAAGAAAACUUACUUUCUCCAUAUCAUCCCAGUUAGUGACGAUUCCGUGUUCGAUUGGGUAUUUUAAGGUAAGGAUACCACGUUUGCUUUGAGCUUCAUCUCCAACAUAUGAAUCUUUUUGUCCCAUACCAACCAUGACUCCCUGAUGACGGGGUCGUCCGACGAUUGAGGGAAAGACAGCUCUUGGAGCAUCAUCUCCGGCAAAUCCAGCUUUGCACAUACCAGAUCCAUUGUCUACGACGAGAGCAGCAACAUCAUCAUCAGCCAUUUUUCAAAAAAUUUAGUUUAGAAGAUAAACUUAAGUGAUUUG